GCAUGGAAUGUGUUCGAAAACUUCUGUUGCUUGGAGCUGAUGUUCAAUUUCGAAACAACGAUGGGCUGGCACCUCUUUCCCUUGCUGUGCGCAUGGGAUCCAUUGAGUCAACAAAGAUUCUACUCGAACAUGGAAGCUGUGCUAAUUCGAGAGACAAAGAUGGCAAAUCCCCUCUGCAUUAUGCUGCCGAGGCACGGAACGUCCACAAGAUUGUCAAACUUCUCAUUCAAUAUGGGGCCGAUGUGAACUCUCGGGAUAUGCUUGGAUUCACGCCAUUGCAUCGAAUUGUCGCCAAAGAAGAGACGUGGGAAGCAGCGGGGGAGUUGUUGAAGGCCGGGGCUGAUCGAUACGCCAUAGCUGAUGAUGGAAAGUUUCCUCAUGACAUGGUUCCUGAUGGCCCCUGGGCAGAAACGAAACGUUCUUUGAUUCGUUUUUACAUGUCGUGA